AACCGUUUCAUUUCCAAGUUUAGCAACAUCUGAAUUUGAAGCAACCGCAUGCAAAAAAUGGGACAAGGUGAAGAAGUUAAAACUACAAAUGAUCCUCAAGUUGAAAUUCAGGAAAGAGGGGAGAUAUUUUUCUUCUACAGGCCCAAGGUAAACAGAGAAGAAGUUCAUAGUGUUGAUGAUGUUCAAAGAAUGUACAUAGUUUUACGACCUGAAUCCGGUGAACGGACAGUGGAGGAAAAACAAGCCCCUGAUUCUGGCAAAGAAGGUACCAAGGCAGGGCUUAAUCCUAGUUCGAGUCAUCAUGAGGAUGAAGGUGAAAAUGAUGAUGAGAAUCGUCGAUUUGAAAAGCAUCCUGAAGGCGGGCAUGGAAAAAAGGAAGUUAACAUAGAGAAACAACCACUUCUUCCAUUUAUUGUAACUGGACGAAAGAGUCUUCCUGAUCCUGGUAAGAAGAGCAGGCCUUUUUGGGGAUUUGUUGAAUUGGUCACCACAAAGAUUGAUGAUGUCAAGGAUGCUCUUCGAGGAGGAGAAUAUGAUACUGCUACAAGGGGACAUCGGCACAACCCCAAUGCAAGAGCCCUAGGAGAAGGUGUAUACCGCAUUCUAAGGCACAAGUACUCUGAAAGAAAGAUGCACACUCAUUUGGUAUACAAGCUAGAACUACCUACUGAAGACAAGAAUAAUGAACCUCAAGAAGAGCUCAACAUAGAGCGAGAAGGCUCUUUUAUCAUCCAGAUAAAGAGUCCAGAACAAGGUGGCGCGAGAUCUGAAUUCCAAGGGGUUGGAAACAAACGCAAAGCUGUGUUUCCAGCACACUUACAAGGGCAGUUUGGGGGUAAGCGCUAUGUGCCAGCUGAUCCUCCUGAUUUUCUGAACUAUGAAGGGUGUGAGUUCCUCCUUCUAUCAGCAUCAGAUAACAUAGAGGAAGAACUGGGUUUGGAGCUUCACACCGAAACAGAAGUUCCAGACCCCAAGUGCUCAGAUUUGGUCAAGACUUUUGGAGCAGAUGUUACUCCAACCACUCCGCUUUUUGAAGGUGCUUGGUGUUGAUGACUCUCAGGCAUCUUGGUGUUUCUCUCUCUCGUAUCAUAAGACAUGUAGUUAAAAGAAGCAACAAAUGUAGAAUAAUAAAUUAGGAUGUCAUCACAGAUUUGCAACUGGUGUAAAGUUUAUAUGUAUGCUCUACUGCUCUAGUUUAUCAACGAGGUUUUGUCACUCACCAUGUUGAGUGCAGCAGGAUUAUCAAGGAGAAUCGGCAAGUGUUAUGUGCUUUGUACUCUGUAAUUGUGUGCAGCAGGAUUAUCAAGGAGAAUUGGCAAGUGUUAUGUGCUUUG